AUGUACGCGUGGGCGCGGCCAGCGUUGGGCGGGUCCUCGCUGCUGUCGGCAGUGACGAGCGUGCGGCUCGUCGGGCUCUGCGUGGGCGACGAGUGGCUGGGCAGCACGGGCGUGUCGAUGCUCUGCACGCUGUCCGGCACGCCGCUGAUGUGGCUGUCGCGAGCGUCGGACGCGGCAAAGGGACGCGUCGGCGCGCUGAGCUCGGCGAAGAGCGCAGCGUCGGAGACGGGCGAGGCCGCGGCGUGGGCGUCGGAGAAGGGCGAGGCGUCGGGCAGCACCGGCGAGCUGACGAUGGGCAGCGAGUACGGGUCCACAGACGAGCGGGCGGCCGAGGACGUCGAGGCCGAGCUGACGCUGCGCUGCAGAGCAGCUGCCUCUGCUGCAUCCGACUCCUCCUGCGCGGCGCUCGUGUGGCUCGUGAUGCUGCUAGGCCGGACGUUGGGCGCGGUGCUGUCGCCACCGACGAUCGAGUCCGAAAAGGCAGAGUUGCGAGCGGCUGCCUCGGUGCCCUCGGGGAUGUGGGCGAACUGGCCGGGGCUGAGGACGCGGGCGUCCGGCGAGUUGGUCGCGCUGAAGUCGACCCACUCUGCGCCGUCGGUGCCGGGCAGCACGUCGCCGGCAUCCGCACGGCGCAUGCCAGCCUGGGCGCCCUGCGACGAGAGGCCGGUGUGCUGGCGCGGGUCGAAUGGCGACGAAACCGUGCGCAUGUGUCCGCCCGACGCGGCCGCGCCGCCGCCAAGGAACUUCUCCUUCCACGAGCCGCCGGCGCCGCUGCUCUUCUCGUUGAGCGAGUCGGCACGCGACGCGCGGCGACGCAGGUACAGCACCACGGCGGCAGCGAUGACGAGCAUCGGCACGACGAUGGCAGCGGCAAUGCCGCCGGACGAGACGCCGUUGUGCUGCGAGCUGCUGCUCGUGUCGGCCGAAGCAGAGCCCAGACCGGCAGCGACGCUGGUCGACGCUGCAGCUGCUGCGCUGGCGCUGCUCAUCGCGGCGCUGCUGGCAACGAUGGAAGAGGCGAUCUCCGCCGCAGACGAGGUGAACGCGUCUGCAGACGACGAAGGAAGCGCGGCGACGGAGGAGUCGACGGGCGUGCUGCUGCUGGUGAAGAGCGUCGUGUCGACGCACGACGAGUCGCCCGAGUCUGUGACGUAG